UCUGCCAUGACACCUUCCGGUGGGCGGGGAUGUGUGUGAGCAAAUUGGCCGACUGAGAACCAUGGAGUCUGAGGAAAUCUACAAGAAGCCGGAGGUCAAGAUGCAGGCAGCAGCCUUCAAAAACAAGAAACAGAGGGGUCCAGCCGAUAAGGAAGGUGCAGAUAACCCUGACUAUGAGAAUAUCACCUUGACCUUCAGAAACCAGGACCAGCGGAAGGGCAGCCAUUCACCACCCAAGAGUCAGGGCAAGCAGUCAUCUGCCGGUGCACAUCGCACAGCCUUGGGAGGGGACCAUGUCCCAACCCUGUCUAGGCCACCCUCAGACUAUGCCCAGGUCCCCCGUUGUCUGCAAAGAGCCCUCGUGACCCUCCACAUCCUCCUCACCCUGUCCUGCAUCAUUCUCGUGGCCUUGGUCCUGGCAAAGAAUUCUGAGAUGUCCCAGGAGCUGCUGGUCUUGAAAAGGGAGCUCUGGAAUGUCUCCAUCUCGGUGCGAGAAUAUCAGGAGGAGCAGAAUCGGGGCUGGAGCUCUGCCCAGCGGCUCAUCAUGGAGGCCAAGCAGGACAUUGACGCGGUCAAGAGAAAUGUCCAGUCCGGGAACAACGCAGUGAAGACACUACCAGCAGACAUGAACCAAAUCAAGAAUAAGUUACAGGAAAUCUCCAAGGCACUGGAGACGAAGCCACAGUCAUAGACCUCAACAAAUGAGAAGACAUCGAAGACCUGGCUGCACCUCCCGAUGAAGCUGGCCACAUGUGUGUAUCGUGGCGUGUUGUGAGCAUAAUGCAUGACACAGUGGGUGGCUGUGUCAGCAAGGACCCCAAGAGUGUGUCAGUGUGAGUGCGGGGGUUGGCAACACGGGUAGCACCGUAAACACAUGUGAGUGUCCUAUGGUAUGUUGUGUAUAAAUGCAUCAUGGCAGAGCUGUGUGUGGGGCACCCCGUGUGUCACUGUAAUUGUGGGCGUUGCAGUGUGUGCCCUGUCACUACCUAUGUUGGUGUGAGCAGCUGUGUGCCAAUGCGAGUGUGACUAAUUAUGUCACUGAGGGAGUUCAGAGCGUGCACCCAUGUAUGUCCCUUUGUUUCUGCACUCACGGUUUGUGAUUUGUGAAGAUAAAGGCCGAUGCAAAAGAA